AUGGAAAACACCGACCAUUAUGAUUCCAACGACUAUCGAUGCUGUGACAGUGGUACAUCUGAUUCUGAAUCGGACAAUGGUCAGGAUGUCAGUAAUUCGGUGUCUUGUGCGUACCAAGGUUCAAGUGAUGGUGAUGGCGAUGGCGAUGGUGGUAGUCACAAUGGAGAUUUUGUUGAAUUUGAUGCAGUUGUAGGUGAUAGAACAGUGAAAAUUGAUGCCCUUACUACUGAUGAAAUUCGUGCUAUGGAAUUUGGUACAGUUGAUGAAGCUAAUGUGUUUUAUUUUAAGUAUGCUAAAUGUAAAGGGUUUUCCAUUAGGAAAAGUGAUGUUAGGAGAAGAUCGACUGAGGGUGGACAAACAAUUAAGGAUAGUUAUGUAGUGUCAUGUUUUGAAGAGGCUCACAACCAUGAAUUAACACCAUCUAGGUUUAUCCACUUACACCCCAUUUAUCGUGAUAUUACUGAAGCAGAUAGAGCUCAGAUUGACGGUCUCCAGUCACAUGGAAUUAGAACUUGUCAUAUAAUGGGGUACAUGGUUGCUCAGAAGGGUGGAUACAAUCGUGUUGGGUUUACAAAGAAGGAUCUGUACAAUUAUUUUGAUAGUAAAAUGCGUGCUACUAUUAAAUAUGGUGACGUUGCCGCUGCUAUAAAUUAUCUAAAUGUGAAGUCAUCUACUGAUCCCAUGUUAUAUGGGUGUAACCACCACUCUCAGACAGUUAUUUUUGGUGCUGCAUUGGUGUCAGAUGAAACGACAGAGACGUAUAAGUGGUUGUUGGAGUGUUUUUUAGAGUGCAUGGAAAAUAAAUACCCAGAAGCAGUUGUAACAGACGGAGAUGGGGCGAUGAGGGAAUCUAUAAAACAGGUGUUUCUGGAUGCGACACAUCGUUUAUGCGCUUGGCAUUUGAAAAAGAAUGCGUUUGAGAAUGUUGCAAAAACGUACGAGAACAGGUCACUAUGGGCAACUGCAUAUCUACAUGAGAAGUUUUUUGGACGUAUAAGAACUACGUCUCAAUGUGAAGCCGUCAAUGCAAUCAUCAAGAGUUAUGUCAGGAAGAAAGGCUGCAUUUUUGAAUUUAUGCACAAUUUUGAGCAGGCUAUGAGAUCUUAUAGAAAUAAUGAACUGAUUUCCAAUUUUAAAUCAAAGUUUUCAGAACUUGUGAUGACUACUCAACUGCGUGCCCUUGAGAGCCAUGCUGCGAAAGUUUAUACUACAGAGAUUUUCAAGGAAGUCAGAAAUGAAAUAGUGAAGGCUGGAUCAUUGAUUGUUAAGGAAAAGUUAAUUCGCAACGGAUUUAAGACUUAUCGAUUUACAAAAUAUUGUUGUGAUAACUAUGACAUAGAGGUUGUGUAUGAUGGUGAAACACUUCAAUGUGAGUGUAGGUUAUGGGAUUCUCGUGGGAUUCCAUGUUCUCAUAUGUUUGGUGUCAUGAAGGAAGAACAUGUUAGUCUCAUUCCCACCGGUUUGAUUUUGUCGAGAUGGACGAAGGAUGCAAAAAUUCAAUACUUGAACAUGAAUUGUAAUGGUUCUGAUGAUUCUAUUAUGAUUGAGCAAGCUCAGUUUGGUGCAUAUUGUUCUGCAUUUACUGCUUUUUGCAAAGAAGCUUCAAAAAAGGAAGGUGUUUAUGGGGAAAUAAUGGGUGACAUUCUGAAGUUACAAAAAAAGUAUUGCAGUACAGACAAUCCUAUUUUGGCAUCGAACUCAGCCGCAGGUGAUCCAAAGAUUGUUGUGGAAAACGCGCCAUCUGAACAAAAUGUUGGUAUGAAGUCGCGGUCAGUAACUGAUUCAUUCAGCCAAGUUGUGAAGAACAAGAAUGGAAAAAGAGGUCGCAUUGGUGAAAGUAGUGUGCAAAAUAAAUGUACAGAGCCGCCGAACUCUCGUGGCGCUAAUGUGACAGCGACUUCUCGCGCGGAAGUUGGAAGCACAAGCAUACCCAUGCCUGCAAUGUAUGGAUUGCAACCCGUGUUGCCAGUGGUACAACCGGUGUUGCAUCUAAUGCACGUACAACCGUUAAUCCCACUAUAUCCAACGACAGUUGCGGAAAAUUCAGGUUCGUGUUUCGGUAGGCUACAACGACCGAUGAACAAUGGUGGUACUUGA